AUGCGUCUUAUGUGGUCACAAAGAGACCCAUCACUUCGCAAAUCUGGCAGGGGUAAUAUCUUCAUAAAAAACCUUGAUCCCAGCAUCGACAACAAGACUUUGUAUGAUACUUUCACUGCAUUUGGUCCAAUUCUUUCUUGUAAGAUUGUUUCUGAUGAGCAAGGUUCCAAAGGCUACGGUUUUGUGCAUUUUGAGAACGAAAAAUGUGCCGAAGACGCUAUUGACAAGGUAAAUGGAAUGUUAUUAAACGGUAAGAAAGUAUACGUUGCCAAAUUCGUACCCAAGAAAGAACGACUGAAGGAAAAAUACAAGUUCAGCAAUGUAUAUAUAAAAAACUUCGGUGAUGACCUUGACGAUGACGGGUUGAAGUCGUUGUUCAUAAAAUUCGGGAACCUUGUCAGUUACAAAGUCAUGCGAGACGAUGCCGGAAAAUCGAAAGGAUUCGGCUUCGUUAGUUUCGAGAAAAAUGAUGACGCCGAAAAGGCUGUAAACGAACUUGACGGUUUUGAGCUAAACGGCAAGAAGUUGUAUAUUGGGCGAGCACAGAAGGCCGACGAACGCCAACAGAUGUUAAAGGACAAAUUUGAACAGCAGCGGACCGAGAAAAGGUCACAGUUCCAAGGCAUCAAUCUGUACAUUAAAAAUCUUGACGAUGACAUUACUGAAGACAGGCUUCGCAAAGACUUUUCCGCAUUUGGAAAAGUGACCAGUGUAAGGAUAAUGACUCAAAAUGGGAGGUCGAAAGGCUUUGGGUUUGUGUGUUUUAGUAACUCCGAGGAGGCCAUCAAGGCCAUUGAAGAGAUGAAUGGUCGAAUUAUAUCCGUCAAGCCUCUCUACGUAGCUUUGGCACUAAGUAAAGAAGAACGAAGAAAGUUUGCCGUUCAGCAUCAAAAUUCAAUGACCCGUUCCAUGAUACCUCCCUCCAGCAGCAAUUACUUCGUCCCUGCUGCACAACCCUAUCCUCACCACUUACCCCCUCAGUUACAUGUUGGCAGCCUCCCACGUUGGCAAGUGCUGCACCAGGUUCAAAAUGCUGUGGGAUAUAAUCGUGUCCCAGUUCCAGUUAGACAAACGAGAAAUCCUCGUAAUACUCGGCCAAUCACUGGACAGACAACUAACCCCAGAAUGCCUAUUCACCCUUCUGGUAGUAGCCAACAUCCUAUGGCGAUGAGACCGCCUUUUGACUCUGGCAAUAGUAAUCCCCGAGGCAUUGUUGACCAGAUGGGGUUGGCUGCACCGUCGCUUAUCCCACACAUGCACAAUGCUCAUCAUGCGCCAAUGUUAGCUCAUCAGAAUAAUCAAUCUAACUACAAACAGCUGUCCUUGCCGGCGAUGCCUGUUCUAUCACAGCCAAACUCUCAAGUACGUCAAGGGCCCAGUGUGGAACUUCAAGAUAAGACCCUUGAGAAACUGUCUUCGGCGUCUGUUCACGAACAGAAGGAAUUCCUCGGUGAACGACUCUACGCAGAAGUGGUUAAGCAGAACAAUGACUUUGCCGGUAAAAUAACCGGCAUGUUACUCGAGCUAGAUACUGCUGAUAUACUCCACCUUCUUGAGUCUCCGAUGGUCCUUCGUGAGAAGGUUCGCGAAGCAGAAUCUGUCCUCCAGCAAACACCCAGAAACAAAGGAUGGAAUAUGAAUCUGCGGAAUGGUGUUAAGCAAAGCUUUGACGGUUCUGCUUCAGUAUUGCCAAAUUACGUUUAA